CGAACACUGCCUCCAAACUGCCUGGGGGGUGAUGUGCUGAAGUGGCACAGGGGAGAGCAGCAUGAGGCUCCAGCUGGAGAAGCAGCUCCUCUUCCUCUCCCUCCUCUGCAUUCUCUCCAAGGUUUGUGCCCAGCUGUGCCGGAGACCAUGCUACUGUCCCUGGGUGCCACCGCGCUGCCCCCGCGGGUCCCCCCUGGUCCUGGAUGGGUGUGGCUGCUGCAAGAUCUGUGCUCGGCGCUUGGGAGAGCCCUGCGACUUCCUGCACGUGUGUGACCAGAGCCAGGGCCUCGUCUGUGACUACAGCUCAGCAUCUGCAGGGACAGGAGGCAUCUGCAACUUUGAAGACGAUGAGGAAGGCUGCGAGGUGAACGGCCGUGUCUAUCGAGACGGGGAGGUUUUCCAGCCCAGCUGCAAAAUCCAGUGCCAUUGCUUGGACGGGGGCUUCAACUGCAUCCCGCUCUGCCAGGAGAAUGUGCGGCUGCCCACCCCGGACUGCCCCUACCCCCGCCGCGUGGAGAUCCCAGGGAAGUGCUGCCCGGAGUGGAUCUGUGAAGCCCAGGACCAGCACCUUCCCCGGGAUGCCAGGGCAGAGGGGAAGAGGAGGUCGUUUGUAGCUGUGCCCACCCCGGAUUCACCCUGGAGCCAACGCCUCAUCCCGGCAAAGAGUCUGGCACAAACCCAUGGCCCUGUGGUUACGGUGAAGAUGGAGGGUGUUUCCACUGGGAAAACAGAGAAGAAAUGAUGGACUUUGGCUGCAAAGGAGGCUGGAAACAGAGACCAAGAUCCCCGUGUCACCCAUCACCUGCCUCCUCUGUACACCCCGCUACCCCAGACAGGGUUACUGGGCAGCAUUCCGAGUUCCUUAGGCUGAAUGAAAUGGGAAAUGGGGAAAUCCUGCUCCAAGCAUAAACCCACCCAAGAAACCAGGAAUUCGUCCUUUCCUGGACCAGUGGGCCUUCUGAAGAGGUGAUGCUGCUUCUCCACCACAUCACGCAGCUCUGCUUUGCAGGGACUUCAAGAGAGACCAUCUCCAGCACCUGGAAGCCAAAAUCCCUGGAGGGAACCCUCCCAGGGAGGGAGCAGGUCAUCAAGCUGCAGGUCAUCAGCAAGCCCACAAGUCACUGCCACACCAGGCUGAGCUGCUCGACCAUGCAGGAGCUCAGCCAACCCAUGGUACUCACCCUGCCUUCCCGGGCAUGGGCAGGGUCCUCCUGAUGGCAGCUCUAACUCACCUUCCCCUCAUCCCUCCAGAAUAAACACGAGCCUUCCCGCUCUGCCUGGCCUCCUUCCCUCCAAAGCGCUGGUGGUUUGGCAGGGCUUCGGCAAGCGAGGAGCUCAGACACCGGAGACUCCGCUCGCAGCACCAGACAUACCGCCUGCCAUCCAAGCACACUCCCCGCGAGCCAGGGCCAAGGGAAAAGCAGCAAAAAGGGAAAACAAAUCGCAAAGAUGAGUCGGAGCCGUCUCCCGACGGGCUGAAGCUGCUCCAGCCAUGCGGGAGUCGGCGCAGGAGAGCUGCUCGGCUGCUCUGGCUGUGCUUUCUCCCAGUAAAAAGUCCUUCUGGGUGAUGGAAAAUGAAACCCAAAUGCCCUCUAACGGCCUCGCACAAAUGUGCAGAGGGAACGCGCGUUCCACCGCGGGAAGGGCAGCUGGAAGGAGCAGCGGUUUGGGUGACGUGUCCACGUGAGAGAUGAACUUUUUAGAUGCAUAUUUCUGGAACUAAAAAUAAAGA